AGACGGAGCGAGGACGCGUUUGAUGGUUCGGGUUUAAGCAAAAGCAUGUGCGGCAAGGCAAAUCGAACCAUCUUCUAUGUUCCAUUGACAAAUCCCUCUCUCUCCCCCUCUCUAUUACUAUCCACGCCUGCGGUUUACUUUAAUCCUCUUCAGUCGUGUUGAUCGAAAAGUGGGAUCCACGUCUUGGGUGGCUUCGAUCCUCGGGAUUCUCGCAAAAUUCGAAGCCGAGAUACGGAAAAGCAGAGGAAGAAGAAGAGAGAUUCGAGGGUUGGGAGACCGCCCCCCGCCGACCCCUUUAUCGGGUAAAGAAAAACGUUGAAGAUCUCUAAAGAAGAAGGGGGCAGAACCAGCAGAUCGGAUCGUAGUCGCUGCGAAUCUUGAGUGGUCAGGGGGAUGAAAGAAAAAGAGAGAGAGGCAGAGAUGGAGAACAAGGGCGAUGGCGACAGUGACGAUGAGAAGAAGCAGAAGAAUAAGAAGAAGAAGGGGAAGGGGCUGGUGUCCCGGAUUUUCGGCUUCUUCCGGAAGAGCCGGAGCGACGAUUUCGAGAAGCGGCUGCAGAACAUAUCCAAGGAGGAAGCCGCCGUGCUCUCCCGUAUCAAGAGGCGAUCGCAGUCGUGGCGCCGGAUGGCCCGUCAUCUCAUUCUCUUCUCCCUCCUUUUCGAGAUUGUUGCAGUGGGUUAUGCCGUCAUGACAACUAGGUCGGUUGAUCUCGACUGGAAAAUGAGGGCUUUUCGGGUCUUACCCAUGUUCCUCUUGCCUGCUCUAUCAUUUGCAUCUUAUACUGGUCUUGUUAGCUUCACAAGAAUGUGUGAUCGCAAGGACCAAAAAAAUCUUGAGCGGCUUCGGGCAGAGAGGCAAGCAAAAAUUGAUGAACUUAAAGAGAGGACUAACUAUUAUACUACUCAGCAGCUAAUUCAGCGAUAUGAUCCGGAUCCAGCAGCCAAGGCAGCUGCUGCAACUGUCCUGGCAUCGAAAUUGGGUGCAGAUUCUGGCUUGAAGGUGUUUGUCGGAGAUGAAUCUCAGUCCGUUGCUUCUACAGGGAAGAGCAAUGAUGUUGAGCUUGUGCAGUCCAGUGGGCUACGGAAUAGAAAAGAUUUGCCCACUAGAGCUAGCAGUGAAGGGAGUACCAUGACGCGUCAAUCAGAUGGAGGAGGAACACCCACUUCAGCAGCAGAGCAUGAGCAAUUGGUUGUUGACCACUACUAUCCAGAUGGAUCAUCGAUGCAGAACAAUGGAUGGAUCGCUCGACUUGCAGCAUUGCUUGUGGGUGAGGAUCCAACGCAGUCUUAUGCGCUCAUAUGUGGUAACUGCCGUAUGCACAACGGGCUUGUGAAGAAGGAGGAUUUCCCAUACAUCACUUACUACUGCCCACACUGCCGUGCCCUUAAUCAGCCAAAACAGUCAGAAGAGCUUGUCUCUGGGUCUCCAUCCCCAGACGUGGGUUCCUCGAGGAUGGGUAGUGGAGGAGACACAAUCGACAAUGCCGCUGGUUCAGUGAGCAACAGUGUGGCCACAACGAGUGCCACCAUAGGGGCCACCGAGGUAGGGGAAGCACCGGAAAAGGUUGCCUCUGGUGAUCCGGCUGCUAAGGGAUAGUAAGAUAUGCGCUGCUUCUGUUUUUGUUCUUUUUAAUCCCUUUACGACCUGUGUUCGUGUUGACCUGCGACUAGAUGGAUUUUGUGUGGGUUUGUGUCUCACUUGGUCGAGAGUUCGGAAUGUAUACCCCUUUUUGGACAGGAGACAUAGGUCACCUGGAGUGGUUAUGAGAUUUGUGCAUCCCAACUUUUGGAAUUGAUGUUACCCCGACUGCCUUUAGACUGCCUUUAGAUGGAAAUGUUUAGAAGCAAGGCCCUUAUCUGGAACACAAGGACAUUAGCAUGAGGCAAACCAUGAACCUAGUAUUGACUAAGACUGUUGUCCAAAAGAUGCUUCAAUUUA